AUCAAUUAAAAAGAAAUGAUCUUCGUCAAUAUUCCUCGGCUUCCACAUCCAACUCUCUCAUCCUCUCUGACCCACCACUCGCACGUGCGACCUGCACUUUCCCACACGUGCCUUCGCCACGCUGCACGCGUGCCACCCUACACGCCAAAUUCCCUCUAUAAAUACCAGCCCCGGACCAUAACAGCUACGAUCACCGGCAGUGGAGCGACCAAAAUGGAACAACUUUUCGACGCCGAGAAGCUCCGCUCGCAUUUCCUCCAAGUUCUGCGUAGCAGACGAUCCAGCGAAGUUCCGCUAUCAGUGGAGCUUGCGAAACCUGUGGCUAACCCUUUGUAUCAGGACGCUUCCCCUCCAAAAAUCAGUGAGGUGAUGGAGUCUUGUCCCAAGGUAAACAUUGAUGGGUUCAAGGACUUGCUCAAGGAGGAAAACCUCUACUUGAUUACCGAGGCAGGAGACCAGGGACGCUUGCCUGUGUUGAUUUUAAGCAUGAAGGAAAACAAUCAUCAAAGAAGGCCUGCUGUUGUUUUUCUUCAUAGUACACAUAAAUGCAAAGAGUGGUUGCGGCCAUUGCUAGAGGCAUAUGCUUCUCGGGGAUACAUAGCCAUCGCCAUAGAUUCUCGCUACCAUGGUGAACGUGCCAGCUGUAAAACCACCUAUCGAGAUGCUCUUAUUUCAUCAUGGACAAAUGGUGAUAAAAUGCCGUUCAUAUUUGAUACGGUCUGGGACUUGAAAAGGCUGGCAGAUUAUCUAACACAGAGGGAAGAUAUAGACCCUGCCAGGAUAGGAAUCACGGGUGAAUCACUUGGAGGUAUGCAUGCAUGGUUUGGUGCUGCUGCUGACACCCGCUAUGCAGUGGUUGUUCCUAUAAUUGGUGUCCAGGGGUUUCGAUGGGCCAUAGAGAAUGAUAAGUGGCAUGGUCGCGUUGACAGUAUAAAGCCUGUUUUUGAGGAAGCACGGAUUGAUCUAGGAAAGAGUGUCAUUGACAAUGAAGUGGUGGAGAAGGUGUGGGAUAAGAUUGCUCCUGGUCUAGCUUCCGACUUUGAUUCACCUUACUCAAUUCCAGCUAUUGCACCACGUCCUCUACUCAUUCUCAAUGGUGCAGAAGAUCCUCGUUGUCCACUUGCUGGUCUGAAAAUUCCGGAAGUAAGAGCAUGCAAGGUUUAUGGAGAGGCCCAUUCUUCUGUGAAGUUUAAGUUGAUUGCACAACCUGGAAUUGGGCACGAAAUGACACCUUUGAUGGUAAAAGAAGCUAGCGAUUGGUUGGACAGGUUCCUCAAGCAAUAAACUGUAUGGUUAUAGUACUGCUUGCUGUGUCUCAACGUAUAUCCUUUGACCUGUCUUUGGACCACCUGUUUGGAGACCAAUAAGCUUUGGCUCAAUUGGUCCAGACUGAUGUAACCGUGAGAGGCCUCAUGUUCUAGCAUUGUGCGGCAUCUGUAGGAGAAUGUAAUAAUUUUAGUAAUAAAUAAAGCGCCAUUUCUACGAA